AUGGAGUCGAUAAUCGUCCCCCAUGAAGCUGAUCAUAAAUUGCCGAGAGCAGUUGGAAGUGGUACGGAAAAUAGAUCAGUGGAAACCAACUCCUUAAGGCAAAGAUUUCUUGCUUCAAUUGGUGCCCAUGAAUACUUUUCACCAGAGAUGUGGAGAGCAGCUCUUACAGAGUUUGUAGCAACUGCGUGUCUAAUGUUCACCUUGACGUCUUCAAUCAUCUCAUGCUUGGAUUCACAUGAGGUUGAUCCCAAGCUAUAAUUAGUACCCUUUGCGGUCUUCAUCAUAGCCUUCCUUUUCCUCAUGGUGACAGUUCCUUUAUCUGGUGGUCAUAUGAGUCCUGUUUUCACAUUCAUAGCUGCCCUAAAAGGUGUUAUAACUCUUGCUAGAGCUUCCAUCUACAUCUUGAUGCAAUGUGUUGGUUCAAUUGUGGGAUUUCUUAUUAUCAAGACUGUGAUGGACCAUAAUACAUCCCAAAAGUACUCCUUAGGUGGCUGCACAACACAUGGAGUAGGCACCCAAACAGCAUUGAUGUUAGAAUUUGUUUGCACAUUUGUGGUUCUCUUUGUUGGAGUCACUGUGGCAUUCGACAAGAAAAGGUGCAAGGAACUUGGUUUAGCAAUGGUGUGUCUCGUGGUGGCCGGGGCUAUGGCACUUGCAGUUUUUGUGUCCAUUACAGUCACUGGGAAGUCCGGGAAUGCAGGCGUGGGGCUGAACCCGGCAAGGUGCUUAGGACCUGCAUUGUUGCAAGGGGGGAUAUUAUGGGAUGGUCAUUGGGUUUUCUGGGUUGGCUCCAUCUUGGCCUGCAGUGUGUACUAUUGUUUCUCUUUGAACUUGCCCAAGGAGGGUUUGCCAUUGUAG